GCGGGCCUGCUUACUUUUGGCGUCGGCGUCGCUCCCGCGCGGGGGUACUGCGCUGGCCUCUCUCCGCCGGCCGCAGCAAACGUGCCGGUCGCGCGGCGUCGGCUGUGGUGUCUGGGUCGUUGUGUCGUGACAACGACGCCUUUAGCCGUCUCUGUGCCAUCAGGUGUGGCCGCCUCAGCCCCGAGUGGGCUCCGCGGCCGCCUGGUGGGUCCUUGCUCACGUUUGUCCUUUCUCUUCCUCGAGUCCGCACCAAGCAGCGACACUGAGCCGACAGCCGGAGCGGCAGGCAAUGGCGGCCUCGACGGCCUCUCACCGGCCCAUCAAGGGGAUCCUGAAGAACAAGAGCUCUGUGACUUCCUCUGUGUUGGCCUCGGCCGAACAGCCCGGCGGGAGUGUAGAUGAGGAGCUGAGUAAAAAAUCUCAGAAGUGGGAUGAAAUGAACAUUCUGGCAACUUAUCAUCCAGCAGACAAAGACUAUGGUUUAAUGAAAAUAGAUGAACCUAGCACUCCUUACCAUAGUAUGAUAGGUGAUGAUGAGGAUGCUUUGAGUGAUUCAGAAACCACUGAAGUCAUGACUCCAGAUCUUUUAGCCAAAAAAUUAGCUGCUGCUGAAGGCUCGGAGCCAAAGUAUCGGGUUCAGGAACAAGAAAGCAGUGGGGAGGAGGAUAGUGACCUCUCACCAGAAGAACAAGAAAAAAAGCGACAGUUUGAAAUGAAAAGGAAACUUCACUACAAUGAAGGACUGAAUAUUAAAUUAGCUAGACAAUUAAUUUCAAAAGAUCUGCAGGAUGAUGAGGAAGAUGAAGAUGAAGAAAUGUUAGAGGCUGCAGAUGGAGAAAGCGUGAAUAUGGAAGAAUCAAAUCAAGGAUAUACUACAGGUAACCAACUGCAAAACAAAUCCAGUUCAUAGAAGAGAUUUGUUCAACAAUGCAAUUGUUUGUCAGAUACAAACCCUGUUACUAUAAUAUACUGCUUCUUGUUCUCUACAAUUCAUGACUUAAGUACUGAAAUGCAUAUCAGUUAUAAUACAUUGCCAAGAAUUAAAUGGUAACCUUAGAGACUGAUUAGACUGAAAAUGCCUAAUUGAUACCUAUAUUCUUGUGCCUAGUACUUCACCACAAAUACAGCAUAAUGUCAUCAGUCCAAAACUGCAUUACUUUUAUAUGAACACUGGUUAAUUUGUAUAAGAUAUUAUAUAGCUUUUUAUGCUUUAGAGGUUAAAAAGUAUCUUGGGUGGGGGAGGGCUAAUUUAUUUUCUUCACUUCCACAUGUGGUAGCUCUUAUAAAAAGUUUUGUUUUGUUUUUUUAAUCAAAAUCCCUUUGAAGCAACAGAUUGUAUAGGCUGAUAAAUAUUCAGGCUGAAAAGUAUUUUAACACUUGUCUUCAACUUGAUUCAUCUGUUUAAUUGAAAAGGAUUAUAUUAUAAGAGUUACUGUUAUAAUUUUUUGGCCUACUACUUUUAAAAUUCCUGUUGAGUUUCUUUGUGCAUACAAGGAAAGAAUUCAACUUUUUUCAUCAAAACUAGCCUCUUUUUUCACAAAUAAAUUAUCAGGUUAAACUUGCACUAACGUCUGCUCUGGGUUUUGUUUUUUGUUUUUUGUUUUUUUUGUACACAAAGGUGGGCAGACUUCAGUUUUUUUUUUUUUAAAUGUAAUACUAAUAUAGCUAUCUUCCUUUGUUUCCCACUCCUCUCCACACAUACACAUACAAUCCUUAACCUUUAUAAAGUAUUGUAAAGAUUGUCAAGACAUUAGAAACCCUUCCUUCUCUCACAUAUUGAAUCAUUUGCUGUAACAAUGAAACUGUUGUUUUUGACCAUCGAUGCCUAUUAUUUCUUCUGAUAUUUGGAGAAAAUGAUCGAGUGGUAGUAGUACUAUAGACAGGAAAUAAAAUUUGGCUGCUGAAUUUGUACAUUUCUAUGGUUUACAGCUUGCUAAUUAAACAACUAUUCUUAGUUUAUUGUUUGAUCUAUUUAGAUCUUAGAAAAUAACUUGAGAUUUUUUUGCAUGAUGAGAAAAUAGUGUGCAACGAGUGAUAUGAUUAUAGUUCCUGAAUGUGCACAGACAGAAGUAAGCCUGAACAUUUUUUAAUAUGAAAACUAAAUAGACCCUGCUUUAAGGGAAUAUGAUAAUGUAUACUAUGACAAAGCUACUUUAUUCUUUUAACACAGUAAGAAUUAUUUGGAUUUUUUCCUGAAAUGAAGUAUAGUUCCUGUGUAUUUUGGUUUAGUGAUGGUUUCAUUUCUAGUCAACAUUUGUAUCUUAAUUUUUUGUUAGUACUAAAAGAAUCCAUUUUAUGAACAAACUUUUAAAAUAAUUUCUGUAUAUAUGAAAUGACUUUUAUUAUGCAGCAUAUCUUCCACUUGCGAGUUUAUGAAAAUAUCAGUAUGUCAAAAUAAAUAAAAAGUGGAAGAAUUCUUUGCUGUUAGAAGGUGUUUAUUAUUUUGAAUGUCUUUUUUUUUUGAGUUCCAAAGUACCUCUGAACUAUAGGUUCAGUGUUCUAACUAAAAGUAUAUUCGCUAAUAAUACCACUGAUUUGCAAACAAAACCAUGUUUGUUUCUGCUUUUUGUAUUUAGAAUGUUGAGCUUAUCUGUUUUAAACCUGUUUUGGAGGAUAUAGAGAUUACACCUGUUCAUAUGUAUGCACAUAUGUUCAUGCACUCACAGACUUCUGUUUUUGGUUUUUCAGUGUGAGUUCUUAGAAAAUAAACAGAUUCUCUUUAUUUGUACAAAUAGCUGCUUCUACAGUGAACAAAAGAAAAAAAUAAGACCUUUACUUUAACAACUGAUUCUUUUUGUGUUUUUUUAUAAACUGUUUUUUAAAACUUAAAUUAUAGGCAAACUCUUAUUUCCGGUUUCAGAAAUAGCUAUCUCAGAGGAGUAAAUAUACCAGAUAGCAUGCCCAAUAUUAUUUUAGGUAAUUAGUCAAAUAGAAUAGAGUAAAUAUGUUUUCAUCAAGUCAUGACUUUAUUAGGCUGUACAGAAAAUGAACCUUUAUGAUUCAAGUUAGAUUUUCCUUUGGAGAAAGUUACCAGUAAAUGUUCAGUUCUAACCAAGGUAAAUUUUUCUUUCGACUUUUUAUCAAUAGCCCUUUCUCUUCUUAACUAUUUUGAUGUCACCUUGUCUUUUUAUUCAUUUUUCAGUCUGAAAUUCAGCAGGGAUGGCUCUUUAAAAUCUGAGGCAUAUAGUAGUAUAAAUGGAUUGUUAAAAUAAGAGAACUUGAAGUUGAAGAUUGAGGCAAAAUGCAGUUAAUCCCUAGAUUUUAAUUUUGUUUACAUUUUUCCUCUUUUAGUGCACAACACAUAUUGUAAUAAAGUACGAUGACAUGACUGUUGCCUGUUUGUUGAUUUUGUAUUUUUAAUGCCCAGACCACGUUCCUUUAGCCAGCUGUUCUGGAUACCGGGGUGGAUCUUGGAUUACAUAGCAGCAGAGUAGUUCCUUUGUUUAGUUGUAGUAGAAAUGGUAACAAUAGCUACCAUUUAUUGAGAACCUAUUAUUUUUUCUUGCCUGGCAUUUACUAGGUCCCUUAUAUUGUAACUAAUUCUCAUAACAAUCAUGCAAAGUAGGUGUUAUUGUCAGUAUUUGUGAGUAAAAUGCCCUUGUCCACAUUACUCAGUCUUAGUGUGUCACAGAUAGUAAAUGACAGGAUUGAAAUCCAGAUCAAACCAAAUUUUGUGCACUUCAUCCAUGCUUUUUUAACUGAUGAAAAUUGUCUCGUUUUAGAAAUUACAUGUUACAAAUAAACUUUAUUUGGGUUAUUAA